GCACGAUUGAUUUUGCUCUACAUAGCUAGCCUUGAAAGAUAUACAGUAUAUAUUACUUCCUAUUAUUUUGUGGUUAACAAAGUAAUACUUAAAAUGGUAUGCAGCCACCAUCAUGCUUGCUUCUACAAAUAGAUGCUAGCUCUUUCUUCCUUUCCUCUACUUGUACUAUAACUUCUUCUUCUCCUACUACUAAUUAAAUGGCUUAUUGUGUUAAGAUAUGGUUCACAUUAGCAAUAACAUUCUUAGUCUUGAACUUAAAAACACUUGUUGAAGGUGCACCACAAGUACCUUGCUACUUCAUCUUUGGAGACUCGUUACUUGAUAAUGGAAAUAACAACGAUCUUGACACAGCAGCAAAGGCUAAUUACGCACCUUAUGGGGUUGACUUUCGUGAUGGCCCUACUGGCCGAUUCACCAAUGGCCGCAAUACGGCAGACUUCCUAGCGGAACUCCUGGAUUUUGAUCACUACAUUCCACCUUUUGCAAGUGCAGAAGGUAGUGAGAUCUUGGAAGGUGUUAAUUAUGCAUCUGGUUCAGCUGGAAUUCGCAAUGAUAGCGGAAGUCAUCUUGGUGAUCGGAUUUACUUGGGCAGGCAAUUGGAGAAUCAUAAAGUCACAAUUUCCCGUGUUGCUGAUUUACUAGGGAAUACAACCGCAGCAAAAAAGCACUUGAAUAAGUGCCUCUUUAUUGUGGGAAUAGGGAGCAAUGACUAUAUCAACAACUACUUGAUGCCCGAAACCUAUCCCUCAAGUCAUUUGUACACACCAAGCCAAUAUGCAACUGCCUUGAUAGAACAAUAUUCACAACAUCUGAGGACUUUAUAUGAAGAUGGUGCAAGGAAAGUUGCUCUAUUUGGAUUAGGCCGAAUAGGUUGCAUCCCAGACGAGUUGCAAAAACACAAUACACGUAGAUGUGUGAGUUCAACAAAUGAUGCAAUUCAACUAUUCAACAGCAACCUAAAGUCUCUUGUAGAUAAUCUUAACACCAAUUUUCCAGACGCAAAAUUCACAUAUAUAAACAUGUACAGCAUUUCAUCAAUCACUGAUACCUUUAGUGUGUUGAAUCGUCCAUGCUGUGAAGUUUCGGAAACCAUGCCUGAAGGGCAAUGCGUUCCAGGAGAAACUCCAUGUUUGCUUAGGGGAAUAUAUUUUUUCUAUGAUAAUUUUCAUCCCACAGAGACUGCCAAUAUGAUCGCGACCAACAGAGCUUAUAAUUCUCUUCUAUCGUCUGAUGCCUAUCCUAUGGAUAUCCGUCACUUGGUCAGGAACAAAAAUGUGUAUGAUGAGUAACAUACAUGUGUUUCAUCAUUUGGUUACGUACGUGUAAUACGUUUUACUUGUAAUAAAUGUUUAAUUUAAUUAUGUUA